UUAUAGCUAAGUUAUUAGUCCUAAAAAUAUUUCACGAUACGAGCGAUUGGCAAACUAACACAUAAAAACCCAUCCCCAUAUAGAGAAAAAUCAGCGUGUUGUUAUUAUUAAACCAAAAUUGGUUAAAAUACGACAAGCGUGAAAUUUUAUGUCAAGAGCACCCAAAAAUGAGGAAAGGAAACGCAGCGUGCAACAAGAGCUGUCAAACGGGCCACGCGGAACAGAUCCGCCAUUUCGUUCCUAGCACCGUCGUGAACAGACGGAAAAAGUGCCGCUAAAAAGAAAAAAAAUCGGGAAGUGGGGUUGCGUUCGCGGAUUUGCCGGAAAAAGCAGGUAAGCCCUACCGUGCAGUCCACCGAUCAUCUUGCGCUAACAGUUUCUCACCCCACCGUGCAGAAAUCCACUCCAGAGCGCGUGCCAGACGAGCCGGAAGGUACACCUUCAAUAGAUUUGGCCGAAGAAAAGAAAAAGAAACCUAUCGUCGAGACAAGCCGGCCAGAAGAGGUGGACAGGAAAAAACAAAAAGAGCCGCACAACCACGCUGCGGCUCUUUUUUCCCCCCUCACCUCAACUGCCUUCCGGCGCGGCAAUUUCGGGCGAGCCGAAGAAAAUCAGCAGCCCCCUGGUAGACCCCAGGAGGCGCCACAAGUGUAGGACGGAGGCACGAAUCAACCAAGACCAGCAGCCCCCUGGUAGACCCCAGGAGGCGCCACAGGCGUAGGGCCACAGUUCCCGCAGUGCUGCCAAUCGGCACUCCGAAUCGCCGAGCAGCACAACAAAACUCGGAGACCCCGGGACUCUGCCGUGAAGAAAAGUGGAGGUCUUCCGGCAGAGAGGGUCCACAAGGGAAAGCAACAGCAACAGCGCCAGCAAUCGGCCCAGGCGUAGGGCGGCCGACCAGCAGCAACAGCGCCACCAAUCGGCCCCAGGCGUAGGGCGGUCGACCAGCAGCAACAGCGCCACCAAUCGGCCCCAGGCGUAGGGCGGCCGACCAGCAGCAACAGCGCCACCAAUCGGCCCCAGGCGUAGGGCGGCCGACCAGCAGCAACAGCGCCACCAAUCGGCCCCAGGCGUAGGGCGGCCAACCAGCAGCGACAGCGCCACCAAUCGGCCCCAGGCGUAGGGCGGCCGAAUAGCGGAAGAGGCACGAGGUGCCAUCCGAUCGGCGCUCGGUCGAAAGGCGGCGGACGCAUGCAGGGCAGGCGAGGUGCCGUACAGUGGGAUCCAUUCGGCGAAAAUGCGGUGAGUACACGCUGGUUUGGGGAAGUGUGGGUGUGUCUUGCCAUAAUCCUUUGUAGCCAUCAUUUUUAUUCAUGUGGCAUCGCCCACGAAAAGCCUCUUCAAUAAAUGGCGCCCAACAAAAACGAACCGCUUAAGUUUUGUUCGGGAAAAAUAAAAUAUCAUUUGUAUUUGUGAUGAUAUUAGUAUGUUUUUGAUUGUAACAGUAAUUUAGUUAAACCUACUGUUAUGUUAUUAUUAUUAUCGCUCAAUUUUUGUAUCGUAUCGUAAUUUUGUAAACUGUAAGUCCACAUUUGUCUGGUUUUUUGAUCCUAAUAAACCUAAUAAAGAAUGAUGAAUAAACAAAUUGAUUUGUAUCAUCUUAAUGAUGAGGAGAUGGAAUAUGAAUUGGCCUUGCGCCAUGUUUCAAAUCUAGCCCCAUGCUCUAGAAGAGCUAGGGUUGUCAAGUUAAAAGCUCUUGUCCAAGAGGACACCCUUAGAGACACCAUCUAUGUUAAUUCAGAACACGUAAUGUCGCCGGAGUUGAACAUCGAGGUCUGCCAGAGGGCAGUUGUAGAAUUGAGAAAUCAUGUUGAUUUAGCCACGCAGAAUAGAAAUGCCGAUCAAAUGGCUUGCGCGAAAUCGAGAUUGCUUCAUUACCGGCAAAGAUUAUCACUGAUUCCAGUGGUCGCGAGUUUAGAGGAAACGCGUAGGGUCGUGUGCGAGCUUGUAGAGACGCUGCUAGCUCAGAUAGAGUGCGUGAACAGUGCAGUCAAUAUGGUGCUAAGUGAAACAGAAAACACUAGCCUUUCAACUAGUGUCCCAACCAUCCAGGCAGAGAACAGUAGCAGUAGGGAUGCCUGCGAUGCGUUAACGAUUCCACCGAGGCCACAAGCAGCCGGAAAUGAUGAAGGAGCACGAGCACGGAUGCAAGAAGCGGAUGUCGAGCCGUCUUCUCUUCCAUUCCAAGGAGGCAGACAAGGACAGAGGGACUCGGAGGAAGUAAUCAUCCGGAGGUCGGGUAGUUCGGCUGGGCUGGCUGCUGUGAACGUUCUAGACGAACUGCGGUUCGACAUUCAACAACGACAAAGGAGGCAGCAGCAGUUGAACGACAGCUUUACAAACCGAAGUGGUAGCAACUACGACAGGCGGAUGCAGAAGGCGAUUCACAAUUGGCCUUUCAAGUUCCGAGGCGAAAAGGACACCACGUCCCUCAACAUUUUCUUGGACCGGGUGGAGACGUUUGCCAGAUCAGAGGGAAUCGACGAUCAGACACUUCUGGCUUCUAUCAAGCACCUGUUGCUUGAAGACGCCCUCGACUGGUACUCCAGAGCACUUGCCCAACGUCGCCUGUAUUCCUGGCAAGCAUUCAAGCAAGAAAUUCGACGGGAAUUCCUGCCUAGCGGGUAUGCUCAGAUCCUGAGGUUGGAAGCCAGCUUCCGUUUUCAAGGUGCCAACGAAACGUUCGAUAAGUUCUUCCGUGACAUCUCUACACUAUUCCGCUUCAUCGAUCCACCACUUACGGAAGAGGAGAAGUUGUUCAUAGUCAAGAAAAAUAUGAACAUGGACUAUGCAACAAUAGUAACAGCCGCUCAGCCAAAGACACUGAUGGACCUGGUCAACGUCUGCAGCAACUUCGACGAAACAAGGCUAUUACUGAACCAGCAGCGCAGGAUUCCAAUUCCGCACAACAGCUUACUAGAACCGAACUUCGCAACACCAGCAACAACAAGUCGAUCUCAGCAACACCAGCAGCAGCGUUUUGGGAGAUUGCAAGCAGUGGAGGCGGACGAGCAGUUGUACGGAGCCACAUCAUACUCAGCACCAUCGCAUCGGCUACCAAUACAACAGCCACGCUUCAACAGAGUACAUGCGGUGGAGAACGAGGUCCAGCAAGGUGCGGCUUCAACGUCAGCUAUCCAAACUGAAGCAGAUCUAGUGGAUCCAGAAGAAGCAAACGGUUUGCAAGGGGACUUUAACCAGCUGUACGAGCAAGUUUGUGCCAUGAAGCUUCAACUGGAGCGCAGAUCGAAUCGUUUCAAUACAGGACUACAACAGCAGCACUCUGUACAACGACCGGAACAGCGUCAACAACCGCCUACAACUUCGGCAGGUCAGAACAAUUUGGUGAAUCGGCAAGGCAGUCAAGCGGAGAACUAUCGAAUACAACAUCCGUUGCAACAGCAAGCUAAAUGGGCGCCGCGACAGCAGCCUCAACAGCAGCAGCUUCAACAACAGCAGCCUCAACGGCAAUUCCAACAGCACUAUCAACCACAGCUCCAAAACCAGCAGCUUCAGCAAGCAGGCAGCAACAUGUACGAUCUAGAUCCUGUUCAGCAUACAGCGUACCGCCCAGCGCUUUGCUGGAACUGCGAUGAGGAGGGGCAUAGGUUUCCGGAUUGCACGAAGGCACAGGCAAUUCUCUUUUGCUAUAGAUGCGGUCGAAAAGGUUACACGUUACGCAGCUGUCUUGUUUGUAACAGCGAAGCGGAAAACGCCGCAGCGAGGAGGUGGUAGAUGGAGGG